AUGACAAAACGACUUGGACCCGGCCUGACCCGACCUGACCCGGAGCGUGGGCGGACUCGACCUGCCCUGUUUAUAAAACGGGUCAGGGCAUGUCCGGCCCGUUAUAAAAACAGUCCAGGUCCGGGUCUAAUGGUUUUUGUUCACUUUUCACUCCCCCAUUCCCGUUCCCCGCCUCUCAUCUAUCUCUGUACUGUGAAAUUCGACCUCGCCAAGUCGCCAGUUGCCUCUUCGUCUCCCUCUUCUCAAAUUCCCUCCACCGGCCAAGCCCACACCACCCACCGUCCGCCUCUCCUUUCACACAGUCUCGCCUCUCCUCGCCCUCAGCUCGACACGUCGGCUCAAAGGCUUCUCGCCAGCGCCUCUCCUCGAUGCCUCGUCGCCUCCGACGCCUCGUCGGAUCAAAUAUAUAUUUUUGCUGAAAUUUUUGGUAGAACAUUAGACGGGACAGGGCGGGCCAAGUCGCGGGGCGGCAUUAUUGGACCCGUGGCGGGUCACGGGCCAAGUCGGGGGGCGGGGGCUAUGGUCGCGGGGCAGCUUCAUCUUCAAAGCGUUCUCCCCACUUCAGUAUCAGUGAAAGCUCCGUGGCCGAAAAUGGCCCUCUCAACGGCCAAGCUAACCGAGCUGCCACCGCACCUGCUAUCUACAUUCUCCAUACCCCGCCGCAAACCUCCGCAUUCCGCUUUCCGAUUCUUCAAACCCUUGUCUUCUUCUCUCCGCUCCACCAACAACACACCCAAAACCCCGUCCAAAAACCCCGACGUAACCGAAACUUCUUCUUCCUGGAUCAAAAAAUGGCCUUCGCCUCCUCCGAAACCACCGCCGGCUCCGAAAUCGAGCUCGAGAAAGCCCCGUCAUCCUAAAACCCAAACAGCUCCGAUGGGUACCACGGCUAUCGAUAGAAUUGUGCUUCGGUUGAGGAAUUUAGGGCUUGGCUGCGAUGACGAAGAGGAAGAAGACGAAGAAGGAGGGCAGUCGGGAACAAAUUCUGGUUCGGGUAAUGCUGAUUUUGGGGAUGAGAAACUAGGGGAUUUGUUAAAGAGGGAUUGGAUUAGGCCGGACAGUAUUUUAAGGGAGGAUGAGGGUUAUGACUCUGAUGCGCUGUUGCCGUGGGAGAGGGGUGUGAAUGAGGAUGAUGAAGUGGCGGAGGAUAGCGGGGGAGCUAAGAAGCGGGCCAUGCGGGCCCCUACUUUGGCCGAAUUGACGAUUGAGGAUGAAGAGUUGAGGAGAUUGCGGAGAAUGGGGAUGACUCUGCGGGAGAGGAUCAGCGUGCCUAAGGCCGGGCUCACAGGUGCUGUGUUGGAGAAGAUUCAUGACAAGUGGAGGAAGUCUGAACUUGUGAGGUUGAAGUUUCACGAAGAGUUGGCACACGACAUGAGGACUGCACAUGAGAUAGUUGAGCGCCGGACAGGGGGUCUAGUCACAUGGAGGUCUGGAAGUGUCAUGGUGGUGUUUAGAGGAACUAACUAUGAAGGCCCUAUUUCUAAAUCGCAAAGGGUUAACACCGAAGAUGAAAGUCUUUUUGUCCCUAAUGUUACCUCCAUUGACAAUUCAGUCACGCAAGAAGGUGCUGGUAAAAGUCAGGUUCUUGAGAAGCCCAAUCCAGUUGCACCGUCCCCCGUGAAGAGUAUGUCAGUAGAGGAAGCUGAAUACAAUGCCCUAUUAGAUGGUUUAGGUCCACGGUUUGAAGAUUGGUGGGGUACGGGAGUGCUUCCUGUUGAUGCCGAUUUACUUCCUCCUGCAAUUCCUGGGUAUAAGACUCCUUUCAGGCUUCUUCCCGCUAGAAUGCGUUCACGGCUUACCAAUGCUGAGAUGACUAACUUGCGGAAGCUUGCUAAGUCGCUCCCUUGCCAUUUUGCCCUAGGAAGGAACAGAAACCAUCAAGGUUUAGCAAAGUCCAUAGUUAAGCUGUGGGAGAAAAGUUUACUGGUAAAAAUUGCUGUGAAGCGUGGAAAACAGAAUACUAACAACAAAAUCAUGGCUGAGGAACUCAAGAAAUUAACAGGGGGAGUCUUACUUCUACGAAAUAAAUAUUACAUAAUCAUGUACCGGGGAAAGGAUUUUCUUCCUCCAACUGUGGCUACUGCUCUAACAGAAAGACAGGAACUGACGAAGCAAAUACAAGAUGUUGAAGAGAAAGUUAGGGUUGGACCACCAUUGGCAGCAGCACCCGUUAUCGAAGAAAAGGAAGCUCAGGCGGGUACUCUGGCAGAGUUCUAUGAGGCUCAGUCUCGGUGGGGAACAAAUAUAUCCACCGAAGAUCGUGAAAGGAUGAUAGAAGAGGCAUCCAGAGCCAAUCAUGCCAAAGUCAUCAGGCGGCUUGAACAUAAACUAGAAAUUAAUUGCAUUCAGUCUCAGGCAAAGAAGCUGAAAGCCGAGAAACUGCUAUCCAAAAUAGUGGAUUCUUGGGUUCCUGUAGAUCCUUCUGAUGACCAGGAGACAAUUACAGAUGAGGAAAGGGUUAUGUACAGUAAAGUUGGCUUGCGGAUGAAAGCAUAUCUGCCACUUGGGAUCCGUGGAGUUUUUGAUGGUGUUAUAGAGAACAUGCAUCUGCACUGGAAACACAGAGAACUUGUUAAGUUGAUAUCAAAAGAAAAGGAACUUUCUUUUGUGGAAGAAACAGCAAGACUUCUGGAAUACGAGAGUGGUGGGAUAUUAGUGGAUAUCGUUAGAGUUCCAAAAGGUCAUGCGUUGAUUUACUAUCGAGGCAAGAAUUAUCGUCGGCCAAUCACUCUGAGACCAAAAAAUCUUCUGACUAAGGCGAAAGCACUCAAGCGUAGGAUGGCCAUGCAGCGAUAUGAGGCUCUCAGUCAGCACAUCUCUGAACUGGAGAAAACCAUUGAGCAGACGAAGCAAGAAAUUGGCAACUCUGGAAAGCUGGAGAAUGGGAAACUAUGGAAAUCUGAGGAUGGCAGUAUUCCAGAAUUGGAUGAAAGUGAGGAUGAUGAAUCCUUUGAUGAUGAAGAUGAGGAUGACUCAGAGUGGGAAGAUGAUGAAUAUCCGGAAGUUUCAAGCCGCGAGGAGCCAGAUUUUGCAUCUCAAAAAGUUGACUAACCGGGAGUCUUCUCUCUUUCCUUUUUCAACGCCAUGUUGCUUUGUAUGGUUUCACAAGAUCAAUCAAUGCUUAAAAUUGGCUACGUAGUGGCGUACUUCAAUCAUGGAAAUCAGUUAGAGCAAAGCAGAAGAAGAGUCAACAUAACACUUAUUUGGAGUCCAAAAUUCUUAUGUGGUAAAUUUUGCAAUCAGGAGCACCAUCAUCAUCGUUGAACUGACUGGCAGCUGAAAAAGUGAGCGCUGUACAAUUAUUUAAUUCUUCUCAUUUAGUCACAAUAAGCUUCAAAUAAUGGCUUGUUCAUUCUGCUUCCUCUAGAUACCUCAGGUCAGGACGAACUCGUGUAUGUAGCAUAGCCAAUUCCAUUCUUCAAUUACAUUCUUCAAUUAUGUAAAAGUAUUUUCUACUACUAUGGGAUUUGCCGAUUAUAAGGAGUGCCCAUCAAUGGUUUGCAUUUUUGUGUUCGAAAUUUGAAGCAUCCAAAGUGGUAGAGAUGAGAAAUUUAACCAAUUGUAAUUGUGACAGAACAAACGACAUGAAGUAACAAGUUCCUG